ACAGACAACUCAUCUCUUUCUCUCUCUAAUCUCUUCCUCCAUUCUUCUUUCUCUCUAAAUCUCGUCUCUCAUUCACUUCAAAUCUUUCUCAUAUGCAAUUAUUUGAUUUCUUCAUCUGGGUUUUCAAUCUAUUUCGCUGAAAUUACGAGAUUCAUUCGUUUGCGGCAAUGAAACAGAGUAUAAGCGGCGGCGGAGGCUGGAGAAUUCCCAAGGAAGAUGAGGUUGAAGUGCUUGAAAUUUUACUCACUCUACCCAAAUUGAUUGCGAAAUCGGAGUUGCUCAGUCGUUACACCUUCACCUGGGGUCGGAAGAAGAAAAGAUCUGUGUUGGUUUUGAAAUCCGAAUCGACUCCGUCAACUCACCAGCAAAUCGAUGACAAUAGACCGGAGAAAUUGACGGCGGCGGAUGCUGAUAAAAGUCCUUCAACACCACUUUGUUUCUUACCAAGUGGCAGUGGGAGCGAUGGUGCUGAUAAGCCUAAAGAACCCUCCUCUCUGAAGAAAAAAUUCAAGAGAAAGGCAACAGAUGAUUUGUUGGAGAAAUUCACUGGAAUGCAACAGCAAAGAGAAAUCCUCAUACAGAAAAUAAGAGCAAUGGAAACCCUCCGUCAAAAACUUGGUGCUCAAAAUCUGGAGUUGAAAGCAAAAAGACAAGAGAUUAAUUAUUCAAAAAACAUAGAAGAUUUCCGACUAUGGAAUAAUUCUAUGAAUAUGAAUCUUGAUCAACAACAUUAUCAUCAGCAAAUUACCAUGUUUGCCCCUCCACCACAACCACAGCAGCAGCAACAUUGUCAACAAUUGAUGGUAGAUCCCAACAAUGGCAAACUGGUGGCAAUGCCUUGCUCCAGCAGCAGUAACAAUGGUGGUAGAUUUGGCUUGUUCAAUCAGAUUGAUUCACGUGUCAAGAUUCACGGGGAGACUUUUGACUUCAUGGCUUCUUCUCAGCCGUUGGAUCAAAGUAAAUACUUGGUAAUGGAUAAUGAUCUGAGGAUCAGAACUGCAGCAGCUGCCAGGAAGAGGAGGAUUAUGAGGAUGAAAGAGAACAAGAACUCUUUGAUGGCCAUGAAACUUUCAAGAGCGUGUAGGUGAUGGUGGUUUUUGACUUCUGUUGGUCAACCUUGACGAGGGGUGGUUUGGUAAUUUCAUCAAAGAUGUCUAAAUUACUAGAAAUUUUUGCCUAUUUUUUUGGUUUAGGCUUGGGGUUAUAAUGGUCCAUUGGUGAACUAGUUGAAAUAUUUUUAAUCUAGCUUAUGAUUUAGAUUCCUGAGAUGUUCUAUUAGGAUUGAAUUUUGGAUCAUAGCUUUUUGUUGAUCGUAAAAUUAUAGGUUUGGAUCACAUGAUUAUAUCAAUGGAACAUUUAUUAUAUUUUACAGUUC